AUGAAACGUGGGUUGUUUAUUUCAGGACUUAAAUCUCGCAUUUGCCGUUUGGUUUUACCUCAAAGGCCAGGUGAUUGGCAUGAAGCGUUAGCUCUAGCUAAAGUUUUUGAAGACCAGCUUAGUGAUGAAAAAUCCAUACGCCCUUGGACGGCUAAACCCCCUUUUUCUACAUCCCAUAAUUCCCAAUUUCCUUCAUCGUCCCAUACAAAACCCUUUCAACCUUUAGCCCUCCCAAACCCCAACUCCACAAAACCCAUCCCAGUUAUCCCCAUUCGUCGUUUAAGUCAAGCAGAGAUGCAAGUGAAAAGAGAUAAGGGUCUAUGUUUCAAUUGUGAUGAGAAAUUUGUUUAUGGCCACAAAUGCAAGGCACGCGCUUCAUUAUUGUAUUUAGAAGGACUUGAGGAGGAUGAACCCCCUGAUACUGGUGAUCCAAUUCCUGAAACAAAUGCACACAUAGAAGAGAUUGAGGAGAUUCCAGAAAUCAGUUUUAAUGCUUUAUUUGGCACUUAUUCCUCAAAGUCAUUCAGGUUUGUUGGGCACUGUGAUGGGCUAGUGGGGAACGGUGACUCACUUACUUAUUCAACCAUGUGUCAAUCGGUUCCUUUAGACAUUCAAGGUCACCGAUUCUAUGUGGACUUAUUUGUCUUGGAAUUACAAGGGGCAGAUAUGGUAUUAGGUGUCCAAUGGCUAUCAACUUUGGGACCUAUUGUGACUGAUUACCAAAAGCUGACAAUGGACUUUGAAUUUCAAGGGGUACACGUCAUUCUUCAAGGAGAGCAACAGAUUGCAGCAAGCUUGAUUACUUCCUCUCAAUUGCACAAAUUAGUGGCUCAGAAGUCUCUAGAGUCUUGUAUUAUGUGCUUGUCUGCUGUGGCUGCACCACCAACUUCUGCCUCACUGAAACAGAAUGACAGCAACGGUGUAGCACCGAAUCCUAGUAAGUUCAAAGCGAUCUUAGAGUGGCCCAUUCCAACCUCAGCUACUCAAGUCAGAGCCUUCCUGGGUCUCUCUGGCUACUAUUGCCGGUUCAUACGCCAUUAUGCUUCUAUUGCCGCCCCAUUGACUGACCUCUUGACAAAGGAAGGUUUUAGCUGGUCCUCAGCUGCUGAAGAGGCAUUCACUAAGCUUAAAAAGUCGCUAACAACAGCACCUAUUUUGGCUUUGCCAAAUUUCAAAGAACUGUUCGUGGUGGAAACAGAUGCUUACGGUAUCGGAGUAGGUGCGGUUUUGCUUCAAAAUAAUCAUCCUAUUGCUUUCUAUAGUAGGAAGUUGGCCCCCACUAUGCGCACUAAGUCUACGUAUAUUCGCGAAAUGUUCGGUAUUACAUCCGCAGUGGCUAAAUGGAGACAGUACCUAUUGGGGGUACCUUUUACCAUCCGGACAGAUCACAAGAGCUUGCACAACCUCAUGAAUCAAGUUGUUCAAACACCGGAGCAAUAG